AUGGCUCCAUCACACGACCCAACAAACGACAUCUACGGACCACCAGGGCCACCAGUCACCAGCGUCUUUGGUGCAGCAGGAAGUCCUGCUGCUGACGGACUACCUGGCAACGGCGUCGGUUCCCUUCUUCGCACUCGAGGUGCCGGUAGUCAGACUGUCACUCAUGGAUCCAGGACCAUAACCAUCAAUGCUACCGAGACUAGCGAGGAAGGAAGCGCCGACGAGGAUGAUCAAGCCCACGGAGUAUUGUCCCUCACAGGUGACCCUGGCACCGAGCGCAGGGUUCAGUGGGAUGAUGAUGUGAUUGACAACGAGCACCUCAAUAAGAAAAAGUCCAAAAUCUGCUGUAUCUUCAAGAGGCAAAAGGAGUUUGGCGAGUCGUCGGACGAGUCAUCUUCAGAAUCAGAUUCCUCUUCAGGAUCCGAGUCGGACGGUGGUCCCGUCUCAAAACCAGAAAAGGGCAAGGGCAACAGCAACAAGGACGAUGGAUCAUGUGGACACGACCAUUCUGAUCCCAACCACCAACACCACCAUCACCGUGCACCCAAGAAGCCAAAGAAGAGAGUCUUGAACGAAUACGAGCGCAUGCCAAAAGGUACCUAG